UUAUCUCCAAGAAUUGAUGCACAUGAUAUACAAAUUAGAUUUUUAUCUUUGAUUGAUUCAAGUUAAUUCAUUAUUCAAAAUAGCUUACUCCAAACUCAAACAAUGCAAACCAAUCUACAACCAAUCUAUAAACCUCAUUUCAAAACACCAACCAAAAUACUUAACACAUUAAAUGAAAACAACCAAACCAAUCAACAAUCUUCUUCAGUAGGAAAAAUUAAACGUUUUGUUCUAACACAAGAAGGUAGAACAAAACUAAACAUGUACCAAGAUAAUGAUUUUUAUUCAUAUCCACGUCUUGUAACACAUGUUGAUGAUGGAUUCAUUUCAACACUAACAAAUCUUUAUAGAGAAAGGUUGAAACCUGACAAUGAGAUUUUUGAUCUUAUGAGUUCUUGGAUUAGCCAUCUACCAAGUGAUGUUAAAUACAAAAGAGUAGUUGGUCAUGGGAUGAAUGCACAAGAGCUUGCAAAGAAUCCAAGGUUGGAUUAUUUUUUGAUUAAGGAUCUUAAUAAAGAUCAACAGUUUGAAUUUGAGAGUUGUUCUUUUGAUGCUGUUUUGUGUACAGUUAGUGUGCAGUAUCUCCAACAACCAGAAAAGGUGUUUGCAGAGGUGUUUAGGUUGUUAAAACCAGGAGGGGUGUUCAUAGUGAGUUUUAGCAACAGAAUGUUUUAUGAGAAAGCUAUAAGUGCAUGGAGGGAAGGAACAGCUUACAGUAGAGUUCAACUUGUGGUUCAGUACUUCCAAUCAGUGGAAGGUUUCACAGAGGCAGAGGUAGUAAGAAAGCUUCCAGGAACUAAUAAUGAUGACAAGUCACCACUUGGUUCGAUCAUGAAGCUCUUUGGAUUGUUUUCAGGAUCAGAUCCCUUUUAUGCAGUAAUUGCUUACAGGAAUUUUAAACCAAUACAUGAUGAUUGAAUCGGAAACCUGUUGCAAAAAAUUGUUGUAUUUACUCAUUAUGUUCAUAAGAAUUUCUAAUUAUGUUCAUAAGAAUUUAAAUUAAGAUUACAUUCUAGCUUAAGCAAAGUGGUUAUAGAAAUGGAUAUUUGGUUGAUAUGCUGCAUGUGAAGCGGCAUCAAA